UGCACCCUCCUCCGUCCAUCUCGCCACCUCCCUCAGGCAACAGCCAGCAAGAUGCGGUCCUCCUUGGCUCUGGGCGUCCGGUUCCUCCGCGCCUUCUCCAGGGACAGCUGGUACCGAGGCUUCAUCCUGCUGCUCACCUUCUUAAUUUAUACCUGUUAUCACAUGUCCAGGAAGCCCAUCAGUGUUGUCAAGAGCCGUCUGCACCAGAACUGCUCAGAGUUAAUCAGACCCUUCAAUGACACUCACGAUCCCAACGACACCACGUGGUGUGACUGGAGUCCGUUUGACAAGAGCAACUACAAGGAGUUACUGGGGGCCGUGGACAAUGCCUUCCUCGUGGCCUAUGCCAUCGGCAUGUUCAUCAGUGGGAUUUUUGGAGAGCGGCUCCCUCUCCGUUACUACCUUUCAGCCAGUGGCCUUUUCACCUCGCUCUUUGGCCUGGGAUAUUUCUGGAACAUCCACGUGCUCUGGUAUUUUGUGCUCAUUCAGAUCUGUAAUGGUCUCGUCCAGACCACAGGCUGGCCCUCGGUUGUGACCUGCGUUGGCAACUGGUUCGGGAAGGGGAAGCGGGGCUUCAUCAUGGGCAUCUGGAAUUCCCAUACGUCCAUGGGCAACAUCCUGGGCUCCUUGAUCGCUGGCGUCUGGGUGAGCGGGCAGUGGGGCUUGUCCUUCGUGGUGCCAGGCAUCAUCACCGCUGCCAUGGGCAUCGUCACCUUCUUCUUUCUCAUUGAGUAUCCCGAAGAUGUGGACUGCAGCUCCCCCCAGCACCACAGCGGGCCGGAAGGGAACCAGAACUACCCCGAGGACUCUGGGAAUAGCCCCUACUGUCACCAGGAGAGCAGCCUUGAGACAACGGCCAGAUGCUCCAAGGAGCCAAGUGCUCAGCCUGUUGCCAUCAGCUUCUGUGGCGCGCUCAUGAUCCCGGGCGUGAUCGAGUUCUCUCUGUGUCUGCUCUUUGCCAAGCUGGUCAGCUAUACCUUUCUAUACUGGCUUCCCCUCUACAUCUUCAAUGUGGCUCACUUUAAUGCCCAGGAAGCUGGGGACUUGUCUACACUCUUUGAUGUUGGUGGCAUCAUAGGCGGCAUCCUGGCGGGCCUCAUCUCUGACUACACCAAUGGCAGGGCCACCACCUGCUGCGUCAUGCUGAUCUUGGCCGCCCCCAUGCUAUUCCUGUACAACCACUUCGGCCAGAAUGGGAUUGUCAGCUCCAUAGCAAUGCUGAUUGUCUGUGGGGCCCUGGUCAAUGGCCCUUAUGCGCUCAUCACCACUGCUGUCUCAGCUGACUUGGGGACUCACAAGAGCCUGAAGGGCAAUGCAAAGGCACUGUCUACCGUCACGGCCAUCAUCGACGGCACCGGGUCCAUAGGUGCAGCUCUGGGGCCUCUGCUGGCCGGGCUCAUUUCCCCUACAGGCUGGAACAAUGUCUUUUACAUGCUCAUCUCUGCUGACGUCCUGGCCUGCCUGCUCCUCUGCCGGUUGGUGUACAAAGAGAUCAUGGCUUGGAAGUCGUCCCUGAGCAAAGACACAGGGUAUAAAGAAAUCUGAGGCCUCCAUUGGAAGAGAAGCGUGGAGGGCCCCCGUGGGUCCCAAAGUAUUCCCCCGGGCAAGACAAUUAAAACUGCCGCAGACUGCUGAGGCAAAGCCUCCGGACCUAACACCAGCCCGCAGGAACGCUAAGGGACAGGGGCAGAGUCUCCAUGGGAAGCGGACCGCCAGGCGGAAGGGAUGGGGUCAGGGCUGAACGGUGUCUCCAUUUUGCUGAGGGAAAGAUCUGUGGAGACUCCUGCUAGUCCGGAUUCCAGGACAGAAGGCAGAGGCUCCACAGGACCAAGGCCAGAAAAGGCGCAGCCCUCCUUCCCGUGUGAAAUCUGAACCUCUGUAAUCAGCCUGUACCUACCAGUGGGAUUCUGACCCUACGUAAGGUGCUGCCCAGGCUUUCUUCGUCCCUUUGACCACAAGGCUUUUUUCUCUCCGUAUGAUCCUGUUUCUGACGCCUGACCCAUUUAGAUUAAAGUAUUAUUGCUAUAAUCUCCAGGGCUGGGACUAAGGUGAGGGAAGGAAGUCUCACCCUUGAGCUGGGGCCUGCGCUGCUCCUGAGAGUGAGGGCCUCCCCUGCCUCAACCUUGUCCGAGCCCUCUGUGUCCUGAGUGGAAGAUGAUAUGCGAGGACAGUAUUGUGGGGGCAGAGGGGGCAUGGAGGCCAUGACCGAAAAUGCCAGUGUGUGUUUUGAUAAAAAUACCAGUGUUUUUUUUUUUUAAAUUAAAUUUAUU